AUGAAUUUCUUUAAGUUCUGUAACAUCCCUAGUGUGGGAAGUGCAGUGGAGCAGGAGCAGAGCUGCACUCCUCAAACACACACACCCUUCAUGUCCAACAGUGCCCCGCCAAGUAACAGUGGAGCCGGCAUCCUGCCCUCCCCUGCCACUCCUCGAAUCUCUGCUCCGACACCACGAACACCCCGCACCCCACGUACCCCCAGAGGCCCUGCCAGCGUCCAGGGCUCACUAAAAUAUGAAAACUCCGACCUCUGUUCUCCCGCCUCAACACCUUCCACCUGUAGACCUUUAAAUUCUGUAGAGCCCGCCACCGUGCCCUCCAUCCCAGAAGCUCACAGCCUAUACGUCACGCUCAUCCUCUCUGAAUCGGUAAUGAACCUGUUCAAAGACUGCAACUUCGACAGCUGCUGCAUCUGUGUCUGCAAUAUGAACAUCACAGGGGCCGAUGUUGGUGUCUACAUCAGCGAUCCCAACAUGGACUCGCAGUACUCUAGCAUGGACCCCUGCUCUUGGUUUAGUGCCGUCAUGAAUCGCAGGUAUGGCAACGGGGCCGGGCUCUUCCUGGAGGAUGAGCUGGACAUCAUGGGACGUGGUUCGGAUGCCGCAAGGGAGAUCGAGAAGCACUUUGAAGCCGUACGAGCACAGCCUCACUUAAGAGGGAACAGUCCUAAAGAACAGGUCUCAGAUGAUCUCAUGCUCUUGUUGCAGGACCUGGUCACUAACCCGUUCUCCCAUAUCAGGCCAGAGCUUCUCGGCACUGUUCUCAAGUCCCCUAUUAGGCUGGAGGAGAGGGACUAUUACAGCGACUGCUACAUGGCUCUGGAGCAUGGCAGACAGUUCAUGGACAACAUGUCCGGAGGAAAAGUUGAUGAGACGCUGGUUAAGAGCUCUUCUUUACAUCACUCCAAACGCAAUGCUUUCGAUAUGAGCAUGCUGUUCUCUCAGGAUGUGCUGCGGAUGCUGCUGUCUCUGCAGCCCGUCUUGCAGGACACCAUUCAGAAGAAGAGGUCUGUGCGCUCUUGGGGAGUCCAGGGCCCGCUCACCUGGCAGCAGUUCCACAAGAUGGCCGGCAGGGGGUCGUACGGUACUGAUGAAUCUCCAGAGCCCCUUCCCAUUCCUACUUUACUAGUGGGUUACGAGUAUGACUAUGUGGUGCUAUCUCCUUUCGCUUUGCCAUACUGGGAGAAGCUUCUGCUGGAUCCUUACAGCUCCCAGCGGGACGUCGGAUACAUGGUGGUGUGUCCAGACAAUGAAGCUCUGCUCAAUGGAGCCAAGACCUUCUUCAGAGACCUGACAGCUGUAUAUGAGUCUUGUCGGCUCGGUCAGCACAGGCCCAUCGCCAAGUCUCACGCUGAUGGCAUUGUGACAGUGAGCGAUGCUGGAUCAAAAGCUCUUACGGAUCAGACUCUUAUCGACUGGCUUCCAAAAACCAUCAACAGCAGCAGUGAGGCUUUAAACAAGCUCAAACUCUACGCCCAUGUGUGCCGACAUGACUUGGCAUCCUGUCUGGCUUCACAGUCAUUGGACGGCUCACUGCUUUCGCAGCGAAACCCAGCCAGCUCUUCACAAACUUCCAGCUCCUGCAGCCCUGUUGCAGCUGCACAGAACGUUACCCCAACCACCAACAGCACCUCCAACACUAACACCACUCCGACCUCCACUUCCACCUCCAGUAGCUCUUCCUCCUGUCCUCAGGGCGUAGGCAACAUGCCGUCUUCCAAGCCCAAUACCAUACCUCCCUUUGGGGCUCAGGGCUUGCAGUCCAGCCAGCAGAGUGGAAGUCAGAGCGCAGGGACCCUGGGGGACACCACAUCUGCCACCAGCCAACCUCAGGUCCCAUCUGAGCCCGCCGAGAGUACGAUGGAGAGAGAGAAGGUUGGGGUCCCGACUGAUGGAGACUCUCAUGCAGUCACCUAUCCUCCUGCCAUAGUGAUCUACAUCGUGAACCCUUUUAGCUAUGAGGAAAACAGCCAAGGCAGCAGUUCCAGCGUGUGGACGAUAGCUCUUCUCCGCUGUUAUCUGGAGACACUUCAGCUUCUUCCUCCACAUAUCAGGAAUGCUGUAUAUGUACAAAUAAUACCCAGUCAGUACUUGCUGCAGCCGGUCUGGAGUGAGGAGCGCCAUAUAUAUGCACAGCACCUGAAGUCUCUGGCUUUCUCAGUUUACACACAGUGCAGACGACGUCUGCCAACCUCCACUAAUGUCAAAACGCUAACAGGCUUCGGCCCUGGCCUGGCAAUCGACACUGCACUACAGAGCAAAGAGCGACCACAGUGUUUACAUCUCUACGCACCACCGUUCGUGCUGGCACCAGUGAAGGACAAGCAGACAGAGCUGGGUGAGACUUUUGGAGAGGCUGCGCAGAAAUACAACGUGCUGUUUGUGGCCUACUGCCUGUCCCAUGACCAGAGGUGGCUCCUGGCCUCCUGCACUGACCAGUAUGGAGAGCUGCUGGAGACCUGCGUCAUCAGCAUUGACGUACCAAACCGAGCUCGCAGGAAAAAGGGCUCUGCGCGACGACAGGGCCUUCAGAAGCUUUGGGAAUGGUGCUUGGAUCUUGUACAGAUGACCUCACUUCCAUGGCGCAUUGUGAUUGGCCGACUUGGAAGGAUAGGUCACGGCGAGUUACGAGAUUGGAGUAUUCUGUUGAGUAGGCGGAACCUGCAGUCUCUCGGCAGACGACUGAAGGAAAUGUGCAGGAUGUGUGGCAUCUCUGCUGCCGACAGUCCCAGCAUCCUCAGCACCUGUCUAGUUGCCAUGGAACCACAGGCUUCCUUUGUAAUCAUGCCAGACUCCGUGUCCACAGGCUCCGUGUUUGGCCGCAGCACGACUCUGAACAUGCAGACGUCCCAGUUAAACACUCCUCAGGACACCUCCUGCACACACAUUCUCGUGUUCCCCACUUCUGCCGGCCUCCAGGCCUUCAGCGAUGUCACAGAUGGAAUGGGUGGCAUGGAUGGGAUCUUGGACCUGUUUGCUGAGAAUGACCUGGUUGAUCCCGAUCUUAUUAACAUAAUUCCCAACUCACCCACCACUUCUCCAGUACACUCGCCAGGCUCACAUUACCACCAUGGUGGGGAUGGCAGCAAGGGCCAGGGCACAGACAGGAUGGAGUCUCACGAUGAGUCUCCGAACAUCCUCCAGCAACCCAUGGCUCUGGGCUACUUUGUGUCCACAGCUAAAGCCGGUCCACUUCCAGACUGGUUCUGGUCCUCCUGCCCACAAGCAAAGAACCAGUGUCCUCUCUUUCUGAAGGCUUCUCUGCACCUUAAUGUUUCAUCAGUGCAGUCCGAUGAGUUGCUGCACAGUAAACACUCUCACCCUCUGGACUCCAGCCAUACCUCAGAUGUGCUCAGAUUUGUGCUGGAGCAGUACAAUGCCCUCUCGUGGCUGACCUGUGACCCAGCGACUCAGGACCGGCGCUCUUGUCUGCCCGUGCACUUUGUUGUGCUCAACCAAAUGUACAACUUCAUUAUGAACAUGCUCUAACAAACGAGGGGCUCUGCCAUUAAUUCCCACCACAGAGACGCCGCACUGCCGCCGCAGGCCCGGACACGACUGGACAACAACCAACUUCAAUCGCACUUACGGCGACGCCAGGCUGCCCAGAUUCUGCCAAGUGUCCAUCUCUCAACAGCUGGAGGCAAAGGAAACCAGUCCAUCUCAAUGAACUCGCGUCCCAAAUGAGGCCUGAAGGUGCAGUUUGGGGUCAGGUUUUACCCAGUUGAAAUGCCUGCAUAUAUCUUAUUUAUUGUACGUUUUUAAAUGUGUAAUUUCUUAAUCUUUUAUAUUAUAUAAACCCAGGAAGCUGCAUAUUGCCUUCCCAAAUAAAAGGAAAAUGGUUUGUCAUGUAUGUAAUUGUCUUAAUUACAGAACCGACAAGUGAAUUUGCUGUAGGUUUGCUUUUAGAGGAAUAUUUAGAGAAAUAUUUUCUCCGCAGUUUUUACGGUCGCCGUGUACAGACGAAGUAUACCGGAGCUCACGUUCUUACCUUUGUGUGGUGGGGACUUUAAGAUAGGCUGUAGCUACAGAAUUCCUGUACAGCAAUUUAAUGUGUUCAAAUAAGAGGACAAGAGGUACAUUGUCGGAUUAUAUAUUUUAUAUCACAGAUUUAGAGAAUUGUGUGUGUAUAUAAAUGUGUACAUACAAUCGUGUGCCGCUAUGGAUGGUGCAGCCAAUGUUUUAGGAAUAAAGUGUGUAAAACCUGAA